AUAGGUCGCAUCACAUACGGAGCGACACAUCUCGGCCUCAUAAAAACAGCUGUUUUGCGGACAUUUUGCGAUUCAGUUUGAUAAGAACAACCAACACCAGCGGCCAUCAUGUUGAAGAACGCCGGCAGUCGAUUGUUUCGUGGUUUGCACGCGGCAUGCAGCACACAGGCGCCCCAUGUGAGGGGCAUUAAUUUAAUACCCAUGGUAGUAGAGCAAACGGGACGUGGAGAACGCGCCUAUGAUAUAUUCUCUCGCCUUUUGAAAGAGCGAAUCAUUUGCCUAAUGGGCAACAUCACGGACGACAUCAGUUCCACGGUGGUUGCUCAGCUAUUGUUCCUGCAGUCGGAAAACGUAAAUAAGCCCAUCCAUUUGUAUAUCAAUUCGCCCGGUGGCGUGGUAACGGCUGGCCUUGCUAUCUAUGAUACGAUGCAAUAUGUUAAGCCACCAAUAGCGACGUGGUGCGUUGGCCAAGCUUGCUCGAUGGGCUCGCUACUGUUGGCAGCGGGAGCACCCGGUAUGCGUUACUCGUUACCAAAUGCUCGUAUUAUGAUACACCAACCAUCGGGAGGUGCCCAGGGUCAGGCCACAGAUAUACUAAUACACGCGGAGGAGAUCAUCAAGAUAAAGCGUCAACUUACCAAUAUAUAUGUUAAGCAUGCAAAAAAUAACUAUGAUGAGAUGUGCGCACGUAUGGAACGUGACCAUUUCAUGACCCCGGAAGAGGCCAAGACCCUAGGCAUAAUUGAUCAUGUGCUUGAGCAUCCACCAGAAACAGUUGCAGACAAUGGACCAACAUCCGAUGGCGGCCCAGCAACAGGCAAGCUCAUCUCGUCUGAUGCAACAGAAAAGAAGAGAUCCAAACAGUCAAGCUAAUUCAUUGCAUUUGUACGAUUAGCGAGAUAUCUGGCUUUAAAAUUAUAAAUUGUAAAAUAGGAAGGAUACACACAAUUACCAUAAUUCAAAUUUUUUAAAUACAAAUUCAGUUUUCAUGAAAAA